AUGCAGUUCUCCACCAUUCUCCUUUCAGCCAUUGCCUUCUUCGCCGGCGCUGAGGCCUGCAAGUGCCUCAACUCCAACGGUGGCGUUAACAAGGGCGCCUCCGAGGCCUGCUGCCACCAGCAGAACGGCAGCUGGCGCAACGGAAACGACUGCGCCGCCAGCUCCAUCUCCGAGCAUUUGUCCAACUUCCGCAGCUGCUGCAAAAACAGCGGCGCGCAGACCUCGGACUGCGACUACCCCCACAAGGCUUCUGCUGACGCCGAUGAUGGCAUCAUGGCUGCUCCCGUCGUGGAUGGCAUUGCUAUUAGCACCAUUGUCGAGAGGAACAAGCGCGCUGUUCCCACCAGCUUCUAA